AUGAAAUUAUAUAUAUAUAUCAUAAUUUUUGUUCAUAUUGAUUUGGUUUUUGGAAUUCGUUGUUAUUCAUGUGUUGGUGAAGUACAUAACCAGCGAAAACCUCUUGACCCAUGUUUAAAUCCAGCGGAAAAUGUAGGUGAUGGUAAUGUCAAUGAAAUUGAAUGUGUAAAUACAAAACUUUGUUGGAAAGGAAUAGCAGCUGGAAAAAUAAGACGAGGUUGUGGAGAGAAACGAUGUGCCUUUAUACCUGAUAUAAAUUCUAUAGAUUCAACAGCUAUGACACUCGAUUCUUUAAGUGAAUCAAGUCUUUUACGAUUAGAGCAAUAUUUAAAUUCAAACCCAUAUCGAGAAUAUUCGAUGAGUAAACCAUAUUUUCCAAAAACAUCUCAACCAGCAGUACAUUCAAAUCGUUUAAUACCUGAGCAACAAUCAUCGAUUCUUGCUUUUCAUGAAUUAAUGGAUAAUCAAAAAGAUGCUUUAACACUUGAUCGUCUUGCUUAUAAACUUCGUAUGAAAUCUGAUUUGAAUAUUGAUACAUUACGAGAAACGCAUGUACGUCGUCAACGUCAUCGUCAUUAUCAUCAACAACAACAAAAUUAUCAUUCUCAACACAUACAACAUAAUCAUCAUACAAAUCCAAAUUUAAAUGAUACAUUAAGUUCAUUGCCUUCAUCAACAUCAGCAAAAACAUCUACACGACAACCAACAUCAAUAACCAUGUCAACAAAUACAAUGAAAACAAUGGUUAGUGAUGAUUUAAGUGGUAUUGAAGGUAAUUCUAUACGUGUGGGAACACUUGAUGAUCUUAUAAAACAAUUUCGUCGUGCAGAAUUUCGUCUUGUUCGUCGGCCAGCUGAUUAUUUAGAUAGUGCAUCAACAUGUAUAUCAAGUAAUGUUUCAACAAAUGAUCGAUCAAUAAUAACAAAAUCACAUCAUCAACAUCAUGAACGACCAAUAAAACAACCACAAGCUUUAACUGAAUAUCGUUUUAAUGCUCCAACAUUUCCAACGACACCAUCACGAACAUAUCGAGAACCAACAGUACAUCAAGGACUUAUUUAUCAAUAUAGAACACGAGAACGAAUUAAUAAUACUGAUUUACCUUUAUUAAAUCAACGUUCAAUUCAUUCAUCUGAACAUAAUCGACAACGAUUAAAUUCACUUGUUAUUCAAGAACGACAACCAACAGCAAUGAGUUCACAUGAUAGACGAAUUCAAGAAUUGCGUGAAAAAACUUUAAUGCGUACAGAAAAACAAGUAUGUAUUUGUAAUAAAUUAACUAUUGUCGAUCCAUUUAAUUCUUCCAUUGAACAAAUUGAAUCACCUUUACCUCAACUUCAACAAUUACAACAACAACCUGCAACUAAUUAUAUUUUUCCACCUGUACGUCCAUUUGGUUAUUUUACGAAAAAAACAGCAACAACAACAGAUGAUCUACAACAAUUAUCAUGGAGUCCACCACCACCACCACGUAUUAAGAAAAAACGCGAUACAAAAAAGAAACAUCAGAAUAUUUUGAAAAAAUCCUUAGAUUCAUUAGAUAAAAUAGGAAAUGAUGAUAAUGAUCAUUCACAAUUAUUAAAUGAUACAGUUAAAUCAAUGGUUAGUUUAACUGAUAUGGAUGAUGAAAUAAAUGAUAUAUUAAGUACAAAAAUUAAUAUUGACUUUAAAAUAGCUGGUGCUGAUGUAGAAAAUACAGAGCAACAAAAUGAAUCAUAG